CACGCUUCAAAGUCGACCUUUAUUGUUGCUGCCGUUUUAAAAAUGUAACAUUUCCGAUUAAAAUUCAAACUCAUGAUUCAAAAACUCAAGUACGACCUAACGACCUACCUAACAACGUGCGGUGGAGCGCGCAGCCCACCUGCUGAGGUCUUCCCCUUCACGCGAUGACGCACCGAGUCUAGACGGAGGGGCGGACGAUAUAAAGACCGGGCGGCAGCGCGAGAGCCGGCCACGAGCCAUGGAGACCCCGAGGAGUAUUUCUCACGAGCCGCCGACGAGUAACGACAGGAUGUGCGAGCAGAAUAAAACCGGUGAGCAGCGGUGGAGAAAAGAAGAUCAGAAUCCCAAUACCGCGGACUUCUCAAGAAUUAUCACAGAUCCGGCCACGGGAAAAUGUUACUGCCGCGGGAAAGUUCUCGGAAAGGGUGGGUUCGCCAAGUGUUACGAACUGACUGACCUGUCUGCAGGCAAAGUGUACGCGGCGAAAAUCAUCCCGCACGCGCGCGUGUCCAAGCCGCACCAACGGGAGAAGAUUAACAGAGAGAUCGAAUUGCACAGAGCGCUGAAUCAUAAGCACGUCGUGCAUUUCUACCAUCAUUUUGAGGACAAAGAUAACAUUUAUAUUCUACUGGAGUACUGCAGCAGACGAUCCCUGGCUCACAUACUGAAGUCACGGAAAGUGCUGACAGAACCCGAGGUGAGGUAUUACCUCAAGCAGACUGUAUCUGCUCUGAAAUACCUCCAUGACCAAGAGAUCCUCCAUCGAGACCUCAAGCUGGGGAACCUGUUUGUGAGUGACUCGAUGGAACUGAAGGUCGGAGAUUUCGGGCUGGCUGCCAAGAUGGAGCCAGUGAGCAACAGGCGCAAGACGAUCUGUGGCACGCCUAAUUACCUCUCCCCAGAAGUGCUCAACAAACAGGGCCACGGCUGGGAGUCCGACGUCUGGGCUCUGGGCUGCGUCAUGUACACUAUGCUCCUUGGCAAGCCUCCGUUCGAGACCAAUAACCUGAAGGAGACGUAUCGGUGUAUCAGAGAGGCUCGUUACGCCCUGCCUGCCACCAUAUCGCUCCCUGCUCGCCAGCUCAUUGUCAACAUGCUCGCCCGCAGCCCGUCCGAGCGGCCGCGGCUGGACGACAUCUCGCGGCACGACUUCCUCACGCAGGGCUUCGUGCCGGAGACUCUCCCUGCCAGCUGCUGCCUCUCCGCCCCAGAUUUCCACAUCUCCAGCCCUGCCAAGAGCUUCUUCCGGAAGGCAGCAGCUGCCCUCUUUGGAGGGAAGAGAGACAAAGCCAAAUACUACGAGAACCUCAAUAAGAUAGCCAAAGAAGAAGAGGACAUCUACAAGCUCCGUCAUGACCUCAGAAUGACCACGAUUAACCAGCAGCUUCUCAGCCAGCCAGCAGUGGAAGAAGGCACUCCGUCACUGCCGGCUGGAAAGCCAGUUUCCCAGGCAACCGACGGGCACCCUCAGGCACGAGACCCCAUCCGUAUGAUCGUCAGAGGCAGCCUGGGGAGCUGCAGUAGCAGCAGCGAAUGUCUGGAGGACAGCACCACAGGCUCUGUGGCGGAAGCCGUAGCUAGUGUCCUGCGCGGUUGCCUUGAACACAUGCCUGCAGCCGAGAAGCUCCCCCAGGCUAGCGGAUACGGCAGCCUUCGCUGGGUGACGAAGUGGGUGGACUACUCCAACAAAUAUGGCUUUGGCUAUCAGCUGUCGGACAACACUGUGGGCGUGCUCUUCAACAGCGGAACACACAUGAGUCUCCUAGCUGACAAAACGACUGUGUUGCAGCAUGCAGAGAUGGGCCAGUGUGCAGUGAUGUACACGACGGACGUACCUGAGAACUGUGUGGGUCAGGUCACCAUUCUCAAGUACUUCACCCACUAUAUGGAGGAGAACCUGAUGGAUGGUGGCGAUAUGGCGAUGGACACGGAUGCUGAAAAGCCCCGUCUCUACCUGCUGCAGUGGCUGAAGUCGGACCGGGCGUUGAUGAUGCUCUUCAACGACGGCACGUUCCAGGUCAACUUCUACCACGAUCACACCAAACUCGUCCUGUGCACGCAGCAGGACGACUACCUGCUGACAUACAUCAAUGAGGAGCGCACGUCUGCCACCUUCAAACUGAGCGCGCUCAUGAGCGCAGGCUGCAGCCCGGACCUGCGCAGCCGUAUGGACUACGCCCUGAACGUACUUCAGCAGAGAGGCAGUCGAGUGUCCGUGUGAGCGCGCGGGAGAGGAAAGGAAAGAGCUGUGGGCUGCACGUUCUCUAAAGCACAGAAUCAACCCUGAGCUGUUAACCGAUGGACCUGCACAAAGAACUGAAAUGCAUUUAAUUGGGAGAAAGUGAGCACUGAUCAGUUGGAGGUUUCAGUAUGACAGCGGAUCAGGGUGGUGGAGGGGAAGAGUGGAGGAAUGAUGUAGCACUAUGUUUUAAAAACAAGGGGAGAGAGACCCAGAGCGAGUGAACGAGAGAAAGCGAGACCUAAAGCAAAAAACUAACAGUGGCUACUGCUAAUAGUUUGAUACGCACAUGUGAGAAAAAGAGACUACAUACUUUAUUGUUCCUGAAAGAGCUUUAUAUUCAUUGAAUGUUAGCAUAUAUUUAUUAUGUAUAUAGUUCUUUAUUUAUUUAAAUAACUAAAAACUUUUAUUCUAA